GGCGACCGUUUCCUUAACUUGCCUCGACCAUGAUCUCCAAAUAUUCCCACCAGUUCCAUGGUUGUAUUGGCGGUACCCCGUUUUCUGAGCCCAGUCUCUUCGCGCGUAUGGUCGAUCUAUAUCAAUCAUUCACUGCUUUUGAUGACAAUUGGUCCUUUUCCGGGUCUCGAGGGGUGACUCGCGGAUGCGCUAUUGUAUGGUCACUCGCUGUGCAUUUCCUUGGUUCAAACCUCAACAUUUCUAGAAGCGUAGGACACGAUGCUUUCUGAAAGGCUGCUUGACAGCUUCGCAUUGGUGAAGUUGCAGGCCGCCAUUGCCGAUGCAGGCCUUGUCAAUAUGGCCCUCGGGCUGCUGGCAAUUGUCGCCACGGCGAUUGCAGCGGACUACGCCCACAUGCUCUAUCUACGGUCCAAGAUGCCACCAGGCCCCUUCCCUUGGCCCAUCGUUGGGAACACUUUCUUAUUACCCGACAACAAACCCUGGAUCUACUUCGAGGAACUGUCCAAGAAAUACAACACGCCGUUGAUAACAUUCUGGAUAGGGCGAAACCCCACGGUCUGGAUCAACGAUGCUUGGUGUGCACACGAGAUCUUCGAGAAGAAGGCCCAAAUCUAUGCUUCACGGCCACGCAUGGUAGUCUUCGGCGAGCUGGGCAGCGGGCAAUCCAACUUGGUGACCAUGAGGAUCCGUAACCAACAGGAGCGAGACCAUUGGCGUAUCCACCGCAAGCUGAUGCACGUCGGCGUGGGCGUGCAGUCCGUCCGCGGCUAUCGCGGCAUCCAGAACAACGAGAGCAAGAUCGUCGCCUACGACUUCCUUCGCGAGCCCACCGAGUAUGUCAAGCACUUGGAGCGCUAUGCCACCAGUGUUGUGUCCAUCAUUGGCUUUGGCCGGCGAGUGGCAAGCUACAAUGACCCCAUCAUCACCGAAGUCAUUGCUUUGAUGCAGCUGGCUGCCGAUCUGAACGUACCCGGGAAGUCGUUCCCCAUGUUACUCGAGACAUUCCCUAUCCUCGCCAAAUUUCCCCGAUUCAUGCCCUGGUUUAAGGGGCUCGGCACCCGCGGCCAAAAAGGGGGUCACUACUUCUUCUACAGCCUAGCCGAAGAAGCCAUCGAGCAGUACGCCCAAAAGUCACCAUCCGAGCAGGCCUCGAUGCCAACCCCCUAUGUCAAAACCCUUUUCGAAGAAGGCCAGAAAUACAACCUCCCCGUCGCCGAGCUCUCCGGCCUAACAGGCAACCUGUUCGGUGCCGGCGCAGACACCUCCUCCAGCACGCUCGUCACCUUCGUUCUCGCAUGCUGCGCCUUCCCGGAGGCCAUGAAAAAGGCCCAAGCCGAGAUCGACCGGGUCAUCGGCCCCAACCGUUCCCCGCACUGGGACGACUCGCCCAACCUACCCUACAUCAACGCCUUCGUCAAGGAAGUGCUCCGCUGGCGCAGCGUGGCCAUCAUCGGCGGGCAGCCGCACGCGCCGACCCAGGACGACACCUACAACGGCUGGCUCAUCCCCGCGGGCUCCUGGGUCCAGGGCAACGUCUGGGCCAUCCACCACAGCGAGGCCCAGUUCCCGGACCCGGACCGCUUCUACCCGGACCGCUACCUCGACGGCAACGACCACCACCGCCCCUUUCCCGGCGACAGGGGGUACAUGACUUUCGGCUGGGGCCGCCGCGUGUGCAGCGGCCAGGCGCUGGCCGAGCAGGGGACCUGGAUCACCGUGGCGCGUUUGUUGUGGGGGUUUGAUAUCCGCAAGGCGAGGGAUCCCCGGACGGGGGAGGAGAUUGACGUGGAUAUCUUUGCGUUUACGAACGGCCUCAACAUGCGACCGCAGCCGUUCCCGUGCGAGAUCGCGCUGGCUGAUCUCAAGGUGCAUGACGGCGAGAGCAAGUACCGCAUGAGUACGUUCUAUCAGCAGCAGAAGAAGAAGGUGGCACAGGAGCCGGUGAUUGAUGAACAUGGGAAUGUCAGGAUUGUCAAGGUCAAGGGGGGUUAAGUGUUAUGGGAGCCUGACGCGAGAUUGUAGAAGUGUAGAUAGUUGGAGUGGUCAAGUCGGUUGUCUUUGGGAUGGUUGCGGUAACCCCAUACAGGAAAUAAUUCUAGCUUGAAGUAGAUGGAUACAGCACAACCACUUGUGUCUCUGAGACU